AUGAAGCUUGAGGAUCGCAAGGAUGAUGUCGACACUGCGACUGGUGGCGACGAGACCCACGGUCCUGGGCUCAAAGACCAGCAGCCUCACCAUUCCGUCGGCUUUUGGCAUCCCCAUAUGAGCAAAGUCCGCCGCCAUGUCAUAUUGCUUUGGUUUCGUACUGUCAUUAUCCUUUUGGUCGCCAUCCUUGCCAUCCUUUCACUGUACUGGGGCGUUCUCUUCCGGGUCGAGGCAAACUUACGUUCUAUUGUCGUUCAUGUCGUGGACUUUGACGCCAAAGCCGCACCAUACGACGGCGUAGAGCCUUUUGUUGGUCCCGCCGUUGUGAAAUUGACACAGCAACUCUUCGAAUCCCCCACGCCUUCCUUGGGCUACACUACCAUUCCUGCGUCUGAGUAUGCCAAUGACCCGCUUCAGGUGCGCGAGGCGGUGUAUAGGUGGGACGCAUGGGCGGCCAUCGUCAUAAAUCCUAACGCUACUUUCCUUCUGCGAGAAGCCAUUGAGACUGGCAACUCAUCCUAUGAUCCGACUGGAGCAGUGCAGGUUGUUAUCCAGACCGCGCGAGACUCCACCACGAUGCAGAGCGACGUAUUACCAUACCUGCAGAAAUUCAACGAGGAGUUUGGGGCCGUGUUCGGUCCUAUGUGGGGGCAGAUGAUCAUGUCGAAUGAAAGUAUCUCCCGGGAAAGUCUGGUGAAGGCACCCGCAGCAUUGAACCCGGGCGUAACGCCUCUCAUCUAUGACCUUCGGCCUUUCAAGCCAGCGGCGGCAACUCCGGCUGUCAGCAUCGGCCUAAUCUACCUGAUCAUAAUGGCCUUCUUCUCAUUUAGCUUUUUUCUCCCCAUCCACAUGAAGUACAUCCAGCCCCAGGGCCACCCACCGCUACAUUUCUGGCAGCUCAUCAUCUGGCGUUGGCUUGCCACCAUUGCUGCAUAUUGUCUUAUCAGCCUCGCCUACUCUGUCAUCUCGCUUGCAUUCCAGAUUCCGUUCUGGACCGGGCCCGCUAGCCACGUCUAUUCUCCACCACCAGAGGGAGCGACGGCAUACGUUGGGCAGCCGUGGACGGCCCUGUGGUUGAUAUUCUGGGUGAUCACCAAUGUGUCCACCAGCUUCUACAGCCUGGACCUGGCGCCCGGCUUCUACAAAUGGGGCUACGCCUGGCCGCUGCAUCACGUGGUGGAGGCGAGCCGACAGCUGUUGUUCGAUUUACAUUCGAGGAUAGGUCUGAAUAGGCAAGCGGAGAAGAAUAAAGAUCGGUAUGUGGUUAACACUGAAGAUGGCGAGAAGGAAAUCGAGAAAGGCAGGGGGGAGAAACCGCCAAUUAGAAAGAGAGGUUUUAUGAGAGGUGUCUAG